GUGCUGCAUGUCCAGGUUACAUGUCUCACACAUACAGCCACACUCUCACAUAAUCUAAUAUGAUGUUCUUAUAUUAAUAUAUAAUGUGACUUUAAAGCAAUAGUUCAUCCAAGAACUGAACUUUUUAACAUGUUUAAUGCAGUCAUAUAUAUUUACUGUAUGUCUUGUGUGUUUGUUUCUAGAUAGUUUACUAUCUCAGAUGAAGAACCAUGGUUUAGUUCCAGAUUUUCUGUCUCUUUCUUCAUUUUUCCCUUCAGUACAUCAUGCAGUCCUGCACUACCAGGGGCUACAGAACACAGACGUUACAGAGCUGUGACCUUUAAUGGCCUCCCUUCAUGAAUGAUGGAUUCAUGAACCUGCAAGCCUGAAAGAACCCCUCAGCACUGGGCUUUAGAAGUGACAAGAAAGGAGCAGAACUUCCAAUUUUGAUUUAAUGGUUUGGAACAAUUUUUUUGCAUUCAUCUGGAUUUAAGGUGAUAUGUGGCAACAGCUGUUUGUUUAUCGGCUACUGAACAUGAAAUUAGCCCUGACAAUUUAUGUCAGAUGUUUUACUUUUCUUAUUUCCUUUUUUAUUUGCUUGCUUGUUUGUUGCUGCAUUUGUUGCUUUUGUCAUUAUUCUACUUUUAGGUUAGAUGGCUGUUUGAAAUAGUUAAAAUAUAUAAUAUAGAAGUGUCCUCAAAACAUUAUGUACAUAUCUGUGCAUCUGUAACCUGCAAGAUUCUUAUUAACAUAUGUUUGUUUUUUUAUGUUAGAGACCAAUUUGGUUUGUAGACAGUGAAAUAAUUCAAAUAUGUACAAAAGAACAACAUAUAGAAACAUGAAUAGUAUGGAAAAUAAAGAUCUAAAUAAUAAUGAACACUCCAACAGAGUCACAAAGGGUCGACUGAAAACAGUCAAAUUGCACCAGCUCAUUACAGUUCAGUCAAUAUACGUAGAGAUCACACAAGUGCAUCGCUGUAAUGUUUUUCUUGUACCCCCAGUGAAUUAAACCAUAAAUGUCAUUAGAAGAGACUUUGUUCUCAGGUCCAUUGUUGGGGAGAGGCCACAUUAAUAUUUAAUGCAGUUCAUCUUGCUCACAUGUUUACUUGGGACAUAGCAUAUUGUAUAAAGCUAAUCAUAAUUACUAACGCUGCCACCAACUGAAAACUUUUAGCAUUUUUAGUAUGCACUCUAAAAAUUGCUGGGUUGUUUCAACCCACGUUUGAGUCAAAUAUGGACAAACCCAAGUGUUGGGUUUGUCAAUAUUUGACCCAAUCAUUGAGUGUGGUUAAAUAAAAUAAAAUUGUAUUACAAUUGAGGACAUCCCAAAAUUUCCCCAAAGGAAUGUUUUGUCAGUAUUAGUUCACUUUUGUCACCUAAAACUAAAGAUAGUGUACAUAAACUAAAAAUACUGGGUUGUUUCAACCCAUGUUUGGGUCAAAUAUGAUCAAACAAAUAUGAUAAACCAUUUGUUUUUUUUUCUUUUAAUUAAAUUUGUAAACCCAACUGUUGGGUUUGUCCACAUUUGACCCAAACAUGGAUUGAAACAGCCCAGCAUUUUUACACUCAUCAUACACUCAUCAAGUUAAACGUAUAAACACCCAUUAUUACAUGAUUACAUAAUUGCAAUUUCAUAUACAAGUCUGUAUAUUCUCAAAUAAAGACAAGAAAUGUCUUUACUUCACCGGAUCAAAACACUUCAGAGAUCUUGUGGCAUGACAGGCAAAAAUGUGUUUCAAAGAUCUACCUUUAACAGUUCACUCGUACAAAACUACAUUGACAGAAUGAACAUGGUGUUUUCUAUCUAAUCAGACUGAGAUAAGGUGGCGUAGGUCUCUAGUGUGAAAGUGUCCAACAUUGACUCUAAAGAAUCCCCCCCCCCUCCUCUGUGUUUUUGGGACUUUGCUCCCCAUAUGAACACAUUAGAAUUCUAUCAGUGAGUGUGUGAAUGGAUCAGACGGGUAUCGGAAAGGGCAGGAUACACAUUAACAUAACCUGCAAUAGAAGAGAAGAGCCUGGGACGUUAAUCAAUCCAUUGCUGUCCAGAACUUCACUGCACAACCAGCAAGACCCAUAGAUCUCUCACUGGAUUCACUGGAGAACAUCCUUCUUGUUUCUGGGUCUAUUUUCAUGGACAUUAAGAAUUGAGUUUUCAUGUGAGGACAUGUUUUUGGGAUCUUGGGAACAGUGAGUGUGAGAAGAGAAAAUUUGAUAAAGGUUCACAUCCACAUCUGGAAUAGAGAAUUGAGUAUUCAAUAGAGUUUCAAAAUGGAAGAAGAGUUGAAAGGCACAGAGCUCAGGAAGAGGGUACCAUAUCACAUCCACAGAGAUGUACUGGAUGAGCUCAGUGUUGACCAAGUUGCAGAGAAAUCGGAUGUCAAAUUUUCAGCAAAAGAAAAACUCAAAGAUGCUGUCAGGUGUACAGGCCCAAGGUUUAAGAACUGUUUCCUAUCAUUUAUUCCUCUCCUGGUAUGGCUGCCACGAUACCCAUUUCGAGAAAAUGCUAUUGGCGAUCUUGUAUCAGGAAUCAGUGUGGGAAUCAUGCACCUUCCACAAGGUAUGGCAUAUGCUUUGCUGGCUGCGGUCCCUCCUGUUUUUGGUCUGUAUUCCUCCUUCUACCCCAUUCUCAUUUACUUCAUAUUUGGAACAUCCAAACACAUCUCUGUGGGUACAUAUGCAGUUAUGAGCGUUAUGAUUGGCAGCGUGACGGAGCGUUUGGCUCCAGACUCAGACUUCAUGAUGCCAGGCAAUGACACCAACAUCACCAUCUUAGACACUGUCGGCCGUGAUGCGGAGAGGGUCAAGAUUGCUGCCACUGUGACUUUCUUAUCUGGCAUUUUCCAGUUGCUCCUUGGUUUGGUUCGGUUUGGUUUUGUGGUGACUUAUCUCUCAGAGCCACUGGUGAGAGGUUACACGACAGCAGCUGCCAUCCACGUUAUCGUCUCCCAGCUUAAAUAUUCCUUCGGCAUCAACCCACAACGGUACAGCGGACCUUUGUCUCUUAUAUAUACAGUCAUAGAGAUUUGUGCAUUGCUUGGAAAGACUAACAUUGGUACUCUGGUAGUUAGCAUUGUAACCAUUGCUGGCCUGAUCAUUGCAAAGCAACUUAGUGCCUUGGCAGCACGCAAAAUUCCUGUUCCUAUUCCUGUUGAGCUGAUCACUAUUAUUAUUGCUACUGUGGUGUCAUGGCAGAUGAAUUUGAAGACCAAAUACGAAGUUGAAGUAGUUGGAGAAAUCCCAUCAGGUCUGCAGGCUCCUGUGGCGCCCGCUGUUUCACUGCUGGGUUCAAUGGUUGGUGAUGCUUUUGCACUGGCUGUUGUUGGUUAUGGCAUUGCUAUCUCACUGGGUAGAAUUUUUGCCCUCAAAUAUGCUUACAAAGUCGACAGUAACCAGGAGCUCAUAGCACUGGGUCUGUCUAACUCCAUUGGAGGAUUGUUCAACUGCUUUGCUAUCAGCUGCUCUAUGUCUCGCAGCAUGGUGCAGGUCAGCACCGGGGGGAAGACACAGGUGGCUGGAGCGAUUUCUGCUCUGGUGAUUCUGGUGAUCUUGUUAAAGAUUGGAGAACUCUUUGAGGAGCUGCCAAAGGCAGUGCUUGCUGCUAUAAUCUAUGUAAACCUGCAUGGCAUGAUGAAGCAGUUUGGAGACAUCUGCUCUCUCUGGAGGACCAACAAAGUGGAUAUGGUGGUGUGGGUGAUGACUAUGAUCUUGACAGUGUUGUUCAAUCCUGAUAUGGGACUGGCUGCAUCUAUCGCCUUCUCCAUCCUCACUGUCGUCUUCAGAACUCAGCUACCGAAAUACUCUCUUCUUGGCCAGGUUCCUGGCACUGACAUCUACAGACCAGUAGAGGACUACAAUCAGGUGAAGCAGAUUCCUGAUAUAAUGAUUUUCCGUUCAUCUGCAACAUUGUACUUUGCCAACGCUGAAAUGUACAUCGAUGCACUCUAUGAGAAGACUGGGGUAGAUGUGGCUAAACUUCUCUCACACAAGAAGAAACUGGAAGCAAAGAGACUCCGAAAAGAGAAGAAAGCCGCAAAGAAAGCCAAGAAGGAAGCCAAGAAAAGAGCUAAAGAAGCUGCCGUUCAAACUACUAAGGAUCCGCAGUUGUCGGACACAGAAGAAAGCGACGAGGAGCCGGAGUUGUCACACACAGAGGCAAAUGGGGAUGUACAUAAGAUGUCAGUCAAAGAGCCAAAGCAUGUAGUAACUGUGGAGACGUGGCCUGACCCAAACACUGACAAGCCGCUCCCACGGGCAAUCAUUCUUGACCUGAGCCCAGUCAACUUCCUGGAUACAGUUGGUGUUAAAACUCUACGCAAUAUCUAUAAAGAUUAUGGAGAGGCUGGUGUACAGGUGUACUUAUGUGGCUGCCAGAGAGGUGUUGUAGAGAGUAUGGAGAACGGCGAUUUCUUCAGUGAGAAAUUAACUAAAUCGAUUCUCUUCUCAUCAGUACAUGACGCCGUUCUUUAUUGCCAGCAAGGAAACAGUGAGGAGGUUAUGCCGGGAACACAUUUAUAAAUUCAAACACCAAGCGUGAUACGGAACACUCCAGAACACAAAGAAAGAUGGAUUGUUAUUUAUUGUGUAUUUCACAAUGACGAAGAAUAAACUAAAGGAGAUGUUUUGAUGAAUAAUUCGGUUUUUUUAAAUAAUAAUCACUUUUGAAUGUGAAAUAUCUGAGAAUGUGAGAAUCUGCCAUAUAGUUGUAUUGUACAAGUAAAAUGUAAAUCAACUUUUUGUAAUGGCAGAAAGCCAGCAAUUCUUGACAGGUUAUUCCAGGUGGUGACACUGUAGAGUUCCAGGUAGUUGAUUACGCUGAAAUAUUACGCAUGAAUGUAAACCCAGUUUCUCAUAAAGUAAUCAGACUCCUGGAAAGCUUUACUACAUGAAAGUAGAGUUCACAUUUUAGCAAUAUAUACUACAGUUCAAAUGUUUGUGGUCAGUAAAGACAUUUCAACAUUUAAUUUUUAAAUAAAUGCUGUUCUUUUGAUCUUUCUGUUCGUCAAAGAAUGUAGCACAGUUUCCAUAACAAUAUGAAGCAACAUGACUGUUUUCAACAUUGAGAAAUGUCCCUUUAAAGGAUUGUGUGACUGAAAUUUCAGUGUUGCCAUCACAGGAAUAAACUAAUUAUCAAGUGUAAUAAUCUUUCACAAUAUUACUGUAUUUGUGAUCAAAUAUAUGCAGCCUUGCUGAACAUAAGAGAAUUCUUUCAAAAACAUUACUGACCCCAAACUUUUGUAAUUACCAUAUAAAAUUCAGUUUAUGUAUUUUAUUGUGUAUAAGCUAUGUAUGCUAUGUGUAACUUUGUAUGCAUGUGUAUAGAAUCAGCUUAAUUUAUAUAAACAGUCAUUUUCUUAUUCUUGUGGCGAAAUUGUUAGUAAAUUAUAUCUGCUAUGUUAUACUGUCGGUUACUUUGGUUUUGACUAGAGUUUGACGGAAAUUUUUAACCAAGUUUGGAAUCCUAGUAUGGAGUACAGUAAGUCAGUGUGAAUUACUAAUAACCAUUUCAGUGAUAUUUUAAAAUAAAUUACAUAGUUCUAUUAGAUAUCUUUACUUUUCUUUUUUUUAAUAUCAAGUUUUAGUAUAAGAAAUAGAAUUAAUUUUGUUUAUACAACAUUUUUCAUUUGAUUGGUGCUGUUUUCAUGUAUGAAGACACAUUGAGUUAAAAAAUGGUGUGUUUAUGUAAAAGUAUAGGUCUUCUCUUAAAAAGUUUCAGAGAAACUGGUCUGAACAUUCCAGCAUAGUCCCAAAAGGGACAGAUCAUGUAGAACCUGUCCAACUAGCAGUGUAUUGUUUCAAGAACAGAUGACACCUUUAUUGUGACAAAAGCAUUAGUGUUGUGAAAUGGACUUAUUGUGCACACAAAAGGUGAAGAAAGAAUAGCCUAUAUGUUAUAUUGAUCAGUAUUAAAGAAAAAAGAAAUAAAAAAUACAACAGCAAGUGAA